AACGUCGCAAGGAAUCAAUAAAGUUUUUUUAGGCGCACGCGUACUUCGGUAAGGCGCGUAUCAAGCAAACGGUUUGCCAGUGUUGUUAGCUAGCUUGUCGCCUAGAGAGGAGAACUUGUCAAUGAAAGAAAUCAACAGCUGAAUGCACGAAGGAAACGUCUCAGGGAUACCACGAGUAAAAAAGGAUGCCCCGGGAAAUUAUAACUCUGCAGUUAGGACAGUGUGGCAACCAGAUUGGAUUUGAGUUCUGGAAGCAGCUGUGUGCAGAACAUGGCAUCAGCCCAGAGGGCAUUGUGGAGGAGUUUGCCACAGAGGGCACAGACCGCAAGGAUGUCUUCUUCUACCAGGCUGAUGAUGAGCACUACAUCCCACGGGCAGUACUGCUGGACUUGGAGCCCAGGGUCAUUCACUCCAUAUUGAACUCCCCUUAUGCGAAUCUCUAUAACCCGGAGAACAUCUACCUUUCAGAACAUGGCGGUGGAGCUGGGAACAACUGGGCUAGCGGGUUCUCUCAGGGCGAGAAGAUCCAUGAAGACAUCUUUGACAUCAUUGACAGGGAAGCAGAUGGGAGCGACAGCCUGGAGGGUUUUGUGUUGUGCCACUCCAUCGCCGGUGGAACAGGAUCGGGCCUGGGCUCCUAUCUGCUGGAGCGGUUAAACGACAGGUACCCCAAGAAGCUGGUGCAGACGUACUCGGUGUUCCCCAACCAGGACGAGAUGAGCGACGUGGUGGUGCAGCCCUACAACUCCCUGCUGACGCUGAAGAGGCUGACGCAGAACGCCGACUGCGUGGUGGUGUUGGAUAACACAGCUCUGAACAGGAUUGCCACAGACCGACUACACAUCCCGAACCCCUCUUUUUCCCAAAUCAAUCAGCUGGUCUCCACCAUCAUGUCUGCCAGUACCACCACUCUGCGCUACCCCGGCUACAUGAACAACGAUCUGAUUGGUUUGAUCGCGUCCCUCAUCCCGACGCCCCGCCUUCACUUCCUCAUGACCGGCUACACUCCACUCACCACUGACCAGUCGGUGGCCAGCGUGCGGAAGACCACGGUGCUGGACGUGAUGAGGAGGCUGCUGCAGCCCAAGAACGUUAUGGUGUCCACGGCGAGGGAUAGGCAAACCAGCCACUGCUACAUCGCUAUCCUCAACAUCAUCCAGGGCGAGGUGGACCCCACGCAGGUGCACAAAAGCCUGCAGAGGAUUCGAGAGAGGAAGCUGGCCAGCUUCAUCCCGUGGGGCCCGGCCAGCAUUCAGGUGGCCCUGUCGAGGAAGUCUCCGUACCUGCCGUCUGCCCACCGCGUCAGCGGACUGAUGAUGGCCAAUCACACCAGCAUCUCCUCUCUGUUCGAGCGCACGUGCCGGCAGUACGACAAGCUGCGGAAGCGCGAGGCCUUCCUGGAGCAGUUCCGCAAGGAGGACAUAUUCAAGGAGAACUUCAACGAGCUGGACGACUCGCGCGAGGUCGUCCAGCAGCUCAUCGACGAGUACAGCGCCGCCACGCGGCCCGACUACAUCUCCUGGGGCUCCCAGGAGCAGUGACCCCCCUCGCGAAGCGCAAGCUCCACACCUCUUGCAUGUAUUGCGGUGGCGAGGCGUGUCGUCACGCGGUCUCGGUGGCUUUCCCCUCGGUUCGUGUGACCCUGUUAGAAAUCUGUGAGGCCUCAAGCCUUCCCGCCCCCUUGUAAGUUCCACAACCCAGCGGAGGUUGUAUGACCUGGUGCCCGAAUCCAUUUUAUUGCAAUAUUAGCUACAUACAUUGGCCUGGAAAAUUAUUCACAUCUUUGAUAAAGGCAAGCAAAGGAUGUAUAAAAUAAACAGUACACUUAUUAAGCUAUAUUGUAUGUGCACAAAAUGGGGAAAUUAUGUUUUUAUACUAAUAUAGCGUCCUCCCUUUACAAGUAGAACGCUACAGAGCUACCUUCUGUAGUGUUCUAUGAGACUGGUGAACAUAUUGGGAUCUUUGACCAUUCCGACAUACGAAAACUUUCAAGAUCCUUUGGUCUGAGCUUAUGGACUUAUGGAAUAAUGAACUGUGCCAUGUCUCCAGACUUGAACACAAUUCACUCAAAGCACUGUUCAAUUCAAACCAACUGGGUCCAACUCUGGAGACAUGGUAAUCAUACUUGGUGUAGUUCAUAAUUCCACUGACUUCAACAGGAGCCCCAAAACCAGAAAAUGAAGAGAAUCUUUCAGCAAGACAAAGAAUUUACCUCGAAUUUAAUGACAAAAUGGUUGAUCUACUGAAGAAUUAUUGUUUUGCAAUGUUAUUUUGGGCUCUAGACUUGAACCCGAUUAAAAAUGUGUGGUUCGUGUUGAAUAGUGCAGUCUGCAAAUGCAGACCGAAGGAUCUAGAAAAAUUCUGUUUUGAGGAAUGGUCAGACCCCCCCCCAAAUAUGUUCAUCACGCUCAUUUUAAAAAAAUGAAGGCAACUUGACUGCGUUACCCUUAUAAAGAGAGAAUGAUAUUUCUUCAGGUGGGAAAAAGUAUUACUUGUUCAACAAAAACUUUUUCACUGAGCAAUUGCGUUAUAAAAGAAUAGAAUUUUUCCAUUCUGUGCAUACAAUAUGACUCUUUACUGGGAUUGUUUGGUUUAUACAAGCUUAUUUGCUCAUUCUUAUCACGUGAAUUCUUUUUUUUUUUUUUUUUUUUUAAAGAAUUUUGUAUGUUUGUGCUGGUAACACCACUGUGCAAUAAAAACACAUACCUGUACAAACGUAGUGCCAGUGGCCAUGCACUCAUACAUUUAUUCAUAUAAAGUGAGAGAAAAUGAGUUUACCAUGCAUUUAAUGUCAGCUUAACUUGCAUGCCCUCCUCUCCAAUUUUACAGUUAGCUUCUAGUGCUCUUUCAUGUUUCUGUUGUCUGGGUCAGUUCUGGUUGCUUUUUUUUUUUUGCUCUCACACUUCCUGUUUCAUUAAGGACCUUCUGUGUUGCAUCUUCUGUUAUGACAUUGCACACAUAUGUGUUCUUUGAUCUGUGGCCUGAAAACCUGUUCCUUUAAGACUGCAAAUCCUUCACACUCUACAAUGUGUGGCGUGCCAUCGGCUGUUUUACUGUACAUGGCCAUCACUACAACCAGAACUAACGACCAGAGACAUCGAGAGAUCAUUUGGUCGAGGACCUGAAUCUAACACAACCAAGGGGGUGGGGGAAGACUGGCAUGAAUAUUUCACUAGUACGCAUACUGGGUAGUUGCAGUACUGUGCGCAUGCAGUACAAGGGAAUAGACUGCACCGUUGAGUAGUUAUAGACACAGCCGAGUUAUUACUUGUAGUUGUAUUGAAUGCAAAUAGACUUGUGCAUUAGGACGAGCUGUAUAGGUUGGGUGAUUUCCCACCUCACCUCUGAUGUGUGGAGUUUCCUCUGCCUGCUGACUUUGCAUUUCUACAAGUCACCACAUAAUCCUGAAGGGUUUAGCGUUAUUCAUGAUUCAGGGGUCACAUGACAUCCCUUGACAUCAUUUGUAAGGGUGCAGUAAGCUCUACACUGUUUAAAAUUGUGUACACCUGUACAGCAUUUUGCGGUUCAGCUUGUAUUCUCAAGUGUUCAUAUUAAUUUAAGCUCUCAUGAUAAUCACAUGCUUUCAAAAGGUUGUAAUGAAUUACAGCAAUUGUGGAAAGCCAAGAACAGAUUGUAAUUUAGAACUGCAAGUCAGGUAAGACUAUCAUAUAUCAGACAUUCUACAGUAUGGAAUCUUUAAAUUAUUAGGGGAAAUAAUUAGUGAUCAACUUUAAACCUUUGCCAAAAAGGACAGUUGACUUUCCGUAGCUCCACAUGUUGGGGUCAUGAUGAUUGCAGAAGUAUUACAUUUGUUUCCCCACUGGCACUUUGAUAGUUUUGCAUAUUCGUUCAAAAGAGGCUUCAGAAUCUUCAGCCAAAUUGCUGUACACUGUGUCAUUCUUUGAUUCGUUUGUGAAGGCGUGUCUGAUUCCUUACCAGAGGCUUACUGUGUUUCCCAGUUGGCAAGUAUAAAUGAAUAAUUUACAAUUUGUGCUUUGGAAAGGUUGUGUGUAAUGAAAUGUAAAAUGCUGUUACCCAGAGCAUUUGUGAAAUAUUUGAAUGUUUUUUUUCUCUUUUAAUAAAAAUACAACUGAAAAGAA